AUGCCCACUCACAUCACUGUUGUGCCCGCCUCUACCCAGGCUGGGAGAGAAACAAUCCGCGUGCUUCUGCAGUCUGAGAACAAACCCUCUGUUCGCGGGAUCUACCGCGACCCGUCCAAGGCUCCCGCAGAAUUUCUCGAGAACACGAAUUUCGAGGCUGUCAAGGGCGAUGUCGGCACCGGAGCCGGUCUUGAUUUCCAGGGCUCAGAUGCCGUCUUUUACAUCCCGCCGCCUACUUACGACGGAACUGAUCAGAGCGAGUGGGCCACCCAGACUGCAACGAGUGUCAAAAAUGCCAUCCAAGGGACCCCGAGCGUCAAAAGGCUUUUGCUGUUUUCUUCCGUAGGAUCUCAGUACGAUCACAGUAUUGGCGUUUUGCGACUGAAUCACAUCUCAGACAAGAUCCUCGAGGACGCUGCGCCCGAGGUACUAAUCAUCCGACCGGGGUAUUUUCAAGAGGGUUGGAACCACGCCCUAGAGGCGGCAAAGGAGGAUUCGCCUGUGAUUUACUCAUGGGUGACGCCCGCCGAUUACAAGGUCCCCAUGGUAAGCCUCAAGGAUAUCAGCGAAUGUUGCGCAAGUUCGCUGCUCUCGGAAUCGACCAAGCCGAGCCCGUAUUAUUUCAAGCUCUUUGGCCCCAGGCACUACAGCUCCACCGACCUCAAGAAAGCCGUGGAAGAUGUGACUGGGAAAGAAGUAGAAAUGAAACUGGUUGAAAGGGACCAGCUUGGCGGGUUUUUCGCAGAGCAAGUCCCGGAAGCCCACGUGCAAGACUUUGUCGAUAUGACAGCGGCUGCUUUGCCUGGUGGAAUCAUGUCGGGAGAUUUUGAAUAUGGGGAGGAUACCGUUCGGGGAAAGGUGGAGUUGGUCGAUGCUUUCCGCCAGUUGUACGAAUAG